CCAGAAAACUAGAAAAGAAUUGCAUUUCUCUCUCAAGACUGAUGCUUUUCAAGUCCACAUCUUUACGAAUAUGGUUGAACACCACCAUUAUUUAUGUAGCACUAGUGAAAUAUUAAUGUUCUAAGCAAAGUUUUCUAAAUAGUUUUAAAAUAUGUAUCCUUGUUUUUAGGUUAAUGAACAAAAAGCCCCUUGAUGUUCACACUGAAAUUCUAGUUAUUUGUAGAUCAUGGAGAGUAUAUGCCAUUUUAUGCAAGACAUUUUGUGGGUGUGAUCGGAUGUUUUUCUCCGAGAUAAUGAAAGAAGCUUCUGAUAUUGUUGGCUGUUUUAGUUCUCGGGUCAGACAUCUUGUCCAACUUCAUUGCACUACUGGUAUGCAGAGAUUUUUACUACACUUGUUUCAGUGUUUCAAAAAUGAUCAACAAGCACUCGUGAUGGAGGGGCGGAUGUUAAUUGAAUAUGUUAUCAUGAACGCGGUAGCACUUAGGAAAAUUCUUAAGAAAUAUGACAAAGUGCACAACUCUGCAAGUGGCAUGAACUUCAAGUCCAAGUUGCAGGCUGAACACUUGGAGAUUUCACAAUCACCCUGGUUAAUUGAAUUAAUGGCUUUCUGUAUGAAUUUCAGUGAAUCAAAUCAUUUGAUCUGCUAUGAGCUUUGCAUUCCUUUCUCUUGUGAUCUCAAUGUUUUAGACCCAGAACCUGUACUGAGAUUGGUGCUUCCAAAUUAUGCAAAUUUGGAAUACAGUCUUACAUGUGCUGUUUGCUUGCAUACUGUUUUUCAUCCAUACGCUUUGAGCUGUGGGCAUCUCUUUUGCAAGUCGUGUGCUUGCUCAGCAGGUUCCGUUUUGAUAUUUGAAGGGGUUAACUCUGCAAGCCCAAAGAUGAAAUGUCCAGUUUGCAGAGAGGAUGGAGUAUUUAGUAAUGCAGUGCGGAUGGCUGAAUUGGAUUUACUUCUAAAGCGACGGUUUGAAAAAGAAUGGAAGGAAAGACAGGUUGAAGAAGGUGCUGAAGUUGCAAAGCAAAAUAAAGAGUACUGGGAGUCUCAUACAAGGUUUAUUACCGGAAUUUGAUACAAUGUUGGUUCCUGAAGUGUGUGUGUGUUAAUUGGGUUAUAAACACACAAAUGGCAAAGAUUUGUUUGGGAAGCAAAACAAUGAUCGCGGCUGGAAUCUGGUCCUUGUACUAAAACUAUGAAUGGCAUAACGAUUGCAGAUCGGCCUUUUGCAAACCAAUCCUAUACGUUAGUUAAA